GAACGACUGUCGCACGCGGAAGCCUAACCUUCGAGAAACCCGGUCUGACCGGAUCGUUUUUUUUUUUAAAAAUUUCGCGUCUGCUCCGAGUGUAAGACGCGCGCGAUACUACCUGUCGCGUCAAGGCGUACCGCAAUUGUCGUUCCCUCGGCUCUGUUUGCCGCUCGAUUACUUGGCCGCAGUCGAUUCCGUCGGCGCGCGAGGCGAGGAGAGAAAACAAUCGAACAAUUUUUAAUCCGAACACGGAAAUAUCCCCGCGUCGACUGUGGCGUCGGUCCCUUCUGCGCCAGCCCUUCGGCGUACGUCUUCGCGACCGAAACGCCAGAGUGCACGCGUGCUUCGGUGCUUUAGUGUACGUUUUUUUAUUUGCUCAUCAUGAACCGGAUGGCCAAGGACCGGUACUCGGCGAAGUCUCUGUCGCUGGAGGAAAAAAAGUACCUGUUGGCCGUGCAACGGGGAGACGUGGCCAACGUGCAAAGGAUGAUUCAACGAGCCUUUCGUUCGGGUAACAUAGACAUUGAUUGUGUUGAUUCAUUUGGCCGAGGUGCCAUCAACAUAGCGAUUGAAGCCGAAAAUCUGGAAAUGCUCGAAAUGCUGGUGGUGAUGGGCGUUGGCCCAAAAGAUAAUCUACUGCAUGCUAUCAACGCCGAAUUCGUCGAGGCUGUUGAACUUCUCCUCCAAUACGAAGAGUUGGUACAUACGGAAGGUGAACCAUACAGCUGGGAAAGAGUUGAUUGGAAUACUGCUUAUUUUACACCGGACAUAACGCCACUUAUUUUGGCAGCACACAAGAACAACUAUGAAAUUAUCAAAAUGUUAUUGGACCGAGGCGCCACAUUACCGAUGCCACAUACAAUCAAAUGUGGGUGUGAUAAGUGUAUUACAGCGUCAAAAACGGAUUCACUGAGGUAUUCGAUGUGUCGAGUAAAUGAAUACAGAGCACUGGCAAGUCCAUCGCUGAUGGCACUUUCGUCAGCUGAUCCUAUACUCACUGCUUUUAAGUUGUCAUGGGAAUUGAGGAGAUUAGCCAGAAUAGAAAAAGAAUUCACCAAUGAGUAUAUGGAACUACGACAACAAUGUGAGCAAUUUGCUGUUGAUCUGCUUCGACAGACCCGAAGCUCUCAAGAAUUAGAUGUGAUUUUAAAACAUGAUUCGGAAAAUGCACCUAGUAUAGGGUCUAUGAAACUGAAACUAAUCGAAUUGGCCAUAAAAUAUAAGCAAAAGAACUUUGUCGCUCACCCCUAUAUACAGCAAUUUUUGGCCACCGUUUGGUAUGAAGGACUUCCAGGAUUUCGCCGUUUACGACUUUAUAAACAAAUAAUUCAAAUUAUGAAAAUUGUUUAUUUCUUUCCAUUCUACUGCCUUGUGUACUUAUAUGCACCCAGUGCUCAAAUAGGAAAAGUAAUGGAAAAACCAUUUAUGAAAUUUUUGAUUCAUUCAUCUUCUUAUCUUUCAUAUUUAGGUCUACUGGUACUCGCAUCACAGAGAGCUGAAACUCAGUUCAUACAGCUUUUUGGGUCCGAAUCCAUGAUUAAAAGUUUAGAGUUGCGGUUACAACAUCAACGAGGCAACGGACCGUCGUACAUCGAACUCCUGAUCUUGCAUUUCGUUAUUGGGUAUAUUUGGCAAGAAAUCUUAGAAGUGCGGAAAGACGGGCUGAAAAGAUAUCUUGCACACAAUGCAUGGAAUUACGUGGAAUUCACAAGGAACAAAAUGUACGUGAUUGUGAUUGUAUUGCGCGUUUAUGCGUAUAUUAGCGAAAAUAUGCAAAUUACUUAUGAUCCUUCGUCAGCAUUUAUUCCCCGGGAAAAAUGGGACACGUUUGAUCCACAAAUCGUGGCCGAUACACUAUUUGCUGCGGCUAACAUACUCAGUGCUUUGAAACUGAUUCACAUGUGUUCAAUAAGUUCACAUUUAGGACCUUUACAGCUGUCACUGAAACGUAUUAUGAUCGAUAUACUUAAGUUCUUCAGUAUUUACAGUCUGGUAUUAUUUUCGUUUGCUUGUGGACUUAAUCAAUUAAUGUGGUAUUAUGCGGAUAUGGAACGAAAAAAGUGUGACAGUUUAAUGGAAAAUGGAGGCAAUGAAUCAUGCUCAAAAUGGAAGAAUUUUGGAAAUGUGUUUGAAUCUAUACAAACUUUAUUUUGGACUGGUUUUGGCGAAGUCGAUUUAGAAACUUUCGAUCUACCGGGUAUGAAUUCUUACACGAGAGUUUGGGCACUUUUUAUAUUCGCUACUUACUCGGUCAUUAAUGUAACCAUUCUUUUGAACCUGCUCAUCGCUAUGAUGUCUAACUCUUAUUCUGUCAUAGAGGGUCAAUCAGAUAUAGAAUGGAAAUUUUCCAGAUCAAAGCUUUGGCUGAGUUGUUUCGAAGAAACACCAACACUUCCCUCACCUUAUAAUGUCUAUCCUACGCUAAAACAAUUCAAGAAGCUUUUUUGUUUUUUAUUGGAAACUCCAAAAAUAAUUCCUUGGUCUCAAGAUAAAAAUGCUGAUUAUAACAUAAAUAAAAAUCAAAGAGAGAAUGAAUUCGCAACUGUAAUGCGGGCACUUAUUUGGCGCUAUGUUUCAAUGAAACAUCGAGAAAUGGAAAAUAUGGAUGUAACUGAAGAUGAUAUUAACGAAGUUAAGUCUGAACUGAGCAGCAUGAAGUACGAUUUUCUAGAAGUACUUCGCAAAAAUGGAAUGGAAGUUCCCAGUGAUCAUCGUAAAAAUACCAUGGGUAGAAAAUCGAAGAUCUGGGAGCGUCGACUGAUGUCGGACUUUUACGUGGCACCAGUGUUGCCGGACGGCAGCAUUUGCAGUAGUGGCAGCGAGGUGUUCGAACGGCAGCUGCGGCCGAUUGACCGAUUCCGUAAUGCGGUCAGAACAGUGGUGGCGAAUUCAGCGUCCGGCAGGUGGCGGACCAUCAUAUGCGGCGUAUACCAAAACUCGCCGAUCGGUAUCACGGCCAGACCUGAAUCGUUCGUCAACAAGCAGAACUUGCAGUGGGCAAUGAACGAAGUGUGGUGCACGUUGCGUGAGAAGAAGUCACUCGCGGUGCCACCGGCCCGUUCGCAGCCCGUGGCGGUGGUCGAGCGGUGGUCUCAGCCGCAGCCGGCGUCGUACCCGUUCGAGUUACCGGAGCGCCGGAGCACUUUGCGCGCGCUCAUUAACGAGUUCCGCCGCGACGAGCACCAGCACCGGGACGUGACUGGCGGCGGCUGCGGUGCCACAUUGUGGGCGGGCGAAGCGACGGUGCGAGGGCAGCUGCUGAAGGGACCGUUACCGCAACAGGAGCAGGAGCAUCGCCGGUGUAAGGACCGUGGUAUGAGGAAGUCCGCAUCCGUGUGGUACGCCACGCCACCCGCGCUCGAUCGGCCGCUUGUGUCUCGGACGAGCAUGCCCGACCUCAGGCCGCCGGACUCCCGGAGACGUGACCAUCGCCGGGACGACGGGACCGAUCGGAUACCCGAGGAACGUUGACCUGGUUGCGAUGGAUGCACCGCACUUGCGUGCGGCGCAUCCUUUCUGCACCAGCAUGGGAACACAAGACCACCCGAGUCCCGUCAGCUCCCGUCCUUGAACAGUGCGACGAAGUUGGAUGGAAUAGCAUAACCCAGUGAUCCUCGGUGUCACCGCCGCACAUGCGCGUUUAUUAGUUAAAAUUUUCAGCGGUAUAGUCGUUUUGUCUGUAUCGUGCCACCCGUACCAGCUACUUAGGGACCGAAAUGGCCGACCGCUAUACUUCACGUAUGAAGUAGUACGCUUCGUAACUCUAUCGAGCGGAUAUGAUUUAAGCGUAAACUGUCCGACCGUUUAACCUGUUAGGGCUGACAUCGUUAAGAUUCCGUUAGAGCACGUCACUUUAGAAGAUUUACCGUUACCUAUCUUGUCUAGGAAAACAAAAAUCCCUCGUCAACCGUUAAAACUAAUAUUUAUACAAUGUAUUCUUUAUGCGGAUUUAUCGUCUUAAAACGUUUAUUUUGAUUAACCGAGAGUGCGUUGUACCGUAAUUUAGUUAUGAGGGUAUCGUGUGUUGACGUUAGUUUGCCAUGGAACCUGUGAAAAGUGUGUGAACACUUGUUCUCGGACAAAGUCAUAAAAUUAAACGAUUUAAGAAAUAGACAUUCCUGCUAGGGUAAUAUACAAUUAAAUUUAUAAUUUUUAACGAUUAGUUUACAUUAGAGAACUUUAAGAUACGCUCCGGAAAAAUUUUGUUUUCAAAUGGUGUCACCCACUAAAAAGUUAGCACAACUUCUUGAAACUCGAAAAGUAAAUUAUAAGAAACUCAGUUAACUUUUUAAUAAUGCCAAGCGAAUCUUUUAUACGCUCGAUGUCAUUUGGAUCAAGUGUGCCGUAUAAUUAAUGGGAUCAAAUUUGUGGGCGAAUUAUUUCAUUAUACUUGUAAUUUUAAUAAAAUGGUUUUCGGUUUAAACGAAUCUGGUGCAUAAACUAACUAAACAGUAAAUUAUAAAUUGUGUUGUAUAGUAUAGAGUAAUAUGGCUCAGCUGUGAGUCUUCUUCAAUCUUUUUCGCCCGUUUUUUCAUUCUAAUUUACUAAUUGAUUUAUUUUAUAAACGAUGUAUAGAUUUUAAAUAUUCAAUAAACGCUUUUUCUAAAAAAAAAAUCAGAUA